AUGGGGACUGGGAGCAGCUGCCUCAGGGCAUCCCAUCGAUCCUGGGGAUUACUGGGGUCACUCGGUGAGAAUUUGGGGGUCCCAGCCACAGGUCAGGGGCCUCCAGUCCCAGCCCGGCUCAAGGACAGAUUAAAGCGUUCAUUGCUUUGCUCGAACAGGUCUGGGCUCCCUCUCUGGGGUGCCGACGUGUCCCCAGGUGUCGGUGACAGCCCGAGGGGCGGUGACAGCAGCCCUGCUGGCCUGUGCCACACCUCCCGUGCCAGCCGUGCCCUCGUGGCUCCGGCAGCAGCUCCAACAGGUCUUUCCAGUCCCGGAGCCUCCGGGAGCUGCCAUCGGCGGGCGGCACCCGGGGACAAGGAAAAUCCGCCGCCUCGCCUUGUUUGGCUUUCACUUUGUCACUGGGAGCUGGAAUUAAUCACCGGGCAGCGGUCGGUGCCGGAGGAAGGGUCGCUGUCACGCCAGGCUGUGCCACCCGGGGCCGGGCAUCGCCGGGAGGAGCAGCCCCGGAGCCGGUGGGGCURAAGAUGUCCUGUGCUGACCUGGCCCCUCUCCAGAGCUCCCGCCUGCCUUAGCCAGCACCCCGCCAGCGAUGGCCUCAGCGCCCCAGUGAGGGACAAAAGGACRAGGAGCGAGUGUCCCCAGCACUGCCACACCCCUGGAGCCAUGGAGGCCCCUCCGGAUGUGCCCGUGGGGAACCUCAUUGACUUUGACACCGAAACGCCCGCCUGCGACCCCUCAGAGCCCGCUCCUCCCGCCGCUCCCAGCGACAACGGGCACCUGGGGGACACGGGGGACGUGGCCGCGGAGGAGAGCGAUGCCACCGAGUCCGCAGACAGCGAGAACGACAUGGGRGACUCUCCCGGCCACUGGGGUGGCUACCGCCGCUCCUCCUCCAACGAGUCCUUCUCCUCCAGCCAGAGCACGGAGUCGGCGCGGGACGAGGCCACGGCAGAGCGCCGCGAGUUCAUGCGGAGUUACGUGGAGAAGAUCUUCACCGGGGCAGAGGAUUUGGACCAAGAGGAGAAGGCCAGGUUUGGGGAGCUCUGCAGCAGCGAGAACGGGAAGGGCAGGGAGUGGUUCGCCAGAUAUGUGAGCGCCCAGCGCUGCAACUCCAAAUGUGUCUCAGAGCAAACCUUCUAUCGCCUGAUGCAGUCCUUCGCCCUCGUGCUCUUUGAGUGUCACCAGAUGGACGAUUUCAGCCCUGCCAAGAACCUCAUGACCAUGUGUUUCACCUAUUACUACAUAGGAAAGCCUCACGCCCUGCCCUUGGAGGCCAAGGARAAGCCCACGGGCAGCAUCGACUCGUACCUGAAAUCAGCCAACACCUGGCUGGCGGAGAAGAAGGACAUCGCAGAGCGGCUGCUGAAAAACACCUCGGCCAAGACAGAGAACGUCAAGGGCUUCUUUGGGGGCCUGGAGACCAAACUGAAGGGUCCUGCCACCAAAAAGAGCGAYGAAGGUGAGGACAAACCGAAGGAGAAGCUGAAGAAGACGGGUGAGUGCAGCCAGCCCGAGGAGGAGAAGAAGGGCGAGAAGAUCUACCUGUACAUGCACCUCAAGCAGCAGCCCAUCUGGCACAACCUGCGGUUCUGGAACGCCGCCUUCUUCGACGCCGUGCACUGCGAGCGCAGGAAGAGGUCCCCCACCACCAGAGGGAACACUGGGGAGGAAGAGGAGAAGAGGGAGAAGUGGUGCCACAUGACGCAGGAGGAGCGCGACGACAGCCUGCGUUUUUCACCCAGAGCAUCUCUGUCCUCCCUCAGCACCUUCAUCCACAACAUGCUGGCGUUCGGCCUCAGCAAGAAGCUCUGCAGCGAUUUCCUGAAGAAGCARGCGACCAUCGGCAAUUUGGAUGAAGAGCAGUACAAGCUGCUCAGUGACCACAUCGAGCAGAUGGCCGCGGAGUAGCCGCGUGUGGCGGCGGAGAGACGGCGGCCRGGCAGGUGGGGAGCGGAGAGGAACCCACCUCCGGGGCUACCUGAGGCUGAAGCUGGGCUACCGACAAAACCAACCGCACACACGAGCUGCAAUAAAACCUGCAUGACCAUCCACCAAACUCUAGAGCUGCCCCAGGGCAGCCUGUAGACAUAGGAGCCAAACAGCCCCCGCCCUCGCCAGACCCUCCCGCCUCUGUUUUUGGAGUAGACGGUCCCAAAAGUGACUUUUGUUGGUUAAAAUCAAUACAAAACACGAGGGGAAAGCAGGAGGAGCGUGGCUGUGCAGCCCCCAGGCGCUGGGUGUGCAGCCCCCCGGUGAAAUGCUGGUGUCUGGUGGUGAAUCCAGAGCUGUCCAAAGCUGCCUUUCCCUCGCUGAUGCUGGAGCUGCACCAGGGAUGCAGGAGGGGAGGCAGGGACCUCAUCCAGCUCAGUCAGGCUGUGUGCUGUCCACAGGGCUGUCACCAUUCCUGGGGACAUGGGCGAUGUGGGGUUUGCUGGAGGCAGAGUUGGCACUGGGAGAGCGCUGCCGCCACCCUCGGUGUGCGGCUCCUUGGGGACUGGGGGGAAAUCCAUCCCUGGGGAAACCUUCCCUGUGCUGCCCGUGUGGGUUUGUACCUCRGGGCAAAGGGAGAGCAGUUUGCUCCAUGUCGUUAGCCUGGAUCAGUAGGAAAAAAGCCAUGGCCUUGGGCGGGAUUGCGGGAAGGGGAGGCAGAGGAGCUCGGCGUGGCUGGGGAGGGGACAACGCGUCCUCCCUGUCCCUGCUGCCUGUCAGAGUGGGGAUGCUGCUGGAUUGGGACAUUYCCCAAAGCCUCCUGCCUUCCCGUGGCAGUGGAUUAAUUGUCCUCCUUCCCCGGACUGCUCCUCUCUGGCCUCUCCUUCCCCAGCUCUUGGCUGCAGCUGCUCAUCCAUCAAACCUCAAACUGUCCUAAGGACAUCUCCUCUUCUGCUCCAGGGGUGGCAGCUCCCACCACGCAGCAGAUCUGCUUUAUCCCCUUGGACCCUGGUGUUUGCAGAGAGGCUGGGGACGUGGGGACAUGCUGGGGACAUCACUGGGGACACGGGGAUGUCACUGCUCCCCUCUGCAAGGAGCAGCCCACAGGGACAGAAACCCCCAGCCCUGCACAGCCAAGGGUCCAACAGAGCCUCACCCCAAAAACUUCAUCCUGGAGCACAAGUCCAGGUUUGAAGAGCCCAUCAAUYCCUUUUUCCCUGUGCUGUAUCCCAUAGGAAAUAGCAUAAAAGGAUAUUUUUUUUUUUUCAUGUAGCUCUUGGCUCAGUGAUGCUUUUACCUCAGCUGGGCUUCCCUUGCUGCUGGGGUUGGGACCUGGCUCCGUUCUGGGUGUUGUAGGAAGGAUGGAUCCAGCAUUCAGUUUUCCCCUGGCCAUUCCCAAACCUGGGCAGAGUUACAGGAGAAGGGUUUUUGUUGGGGUGAGGGGCUGAUAAUUGUCCCAWAUCCCAAUGAACACAUUCCUGAGGGACAAAAUGUGCUGGCCCAUGAGCACCUCRGCAUCCUGGAGCAUCCCAUCCCCAUGGCAUCCCUGUCUCUGUCUCCACUCAGGUCUUUCCCAAAUCCUCCUUCAUUUCUUUAUUAUUAUUAUUAUUAUUUUUUCCAACAUAAAAAGAAAAAAAGGUUCAGCGCUGAAGUAUAUAUUAUUUGCAUGUGUAUUUUUCUAUAAAAAACAAUUAAAAUCCAAUAAAAAAUAGCCAUAAACCCUCCUCGACCGGGGCUGUGUGAAGGAUGGGGUGAGAGAGAAAGARAGAGAGAUUGGAAUAAAUGAUCUUA